ACUUGGUGCAUCACCAAAUGUCAUUGUCUCAACAGUACUGUAUAAUAAACAAAGACAAAAAGGUAAAAAUUUAGAUGGUUUGAAACUCGGGAGACUUCCCGCGAUGACGGCUUUAGACGAUUUGCCUGUGGUGCAGUCCUUCCUUGGGCUGGACCUUCGGACUGGCGCCUUGAUUGUAGCGGCAAUAUGUAUCGUUCACCCGAUGGCCUACGGCUGCUCGUUCUUCAUGUCGAUGAGCUACCUCAUCGUCACCAUCUGGAUCCUCGUGGCUCUCUUCUUCGCGGCCAGCAUCGGGCUAUUCUUCGGAGUGGCUAGGGACGACGCCCUCCUCUGCCACAUUUGGAUCUGGUACGCGCUGAUGUUCGUAGCAGUGAUGUUAAUGUUGAUGGUGAUGCUCGCGCUGGUGUUCACCUCGCGCAGACAGAGGAACAGGGUCUGCGUUACCAUAUUCGGCAUGCUUUGGUACAUAAUGACUAUCUACUUCAUUCUGGUGGUGAAUAGUUAUCGUAAGCAAUUGGACAACGACACGACACUAAUCUCAGUCAUUCCGAACGUAGAAAUAGAAGAGUAUUUAACCGAAUGUACGACAAGUGGUAAAUGGGUAUCUUUGGAGUGGAAAUAGGGGCGAAUUUGUUUGAUGUAAUUGUAUUUAACACAAUGUGCGGGUGCUGUACUACCCUAUAUUAUUCUACAAGUUGACUGUGGUCAGCUACAAAAACGGAGCGCAUGACAGGAAAAUGCGUCAUUUACCUAUGGGACGACAGAUAUACAGGAUACGUCUAUAUAUAUUUCACCUUGUCUUACCUUGGAAUUUGGUGUAAUCACUUCUAACAGGUUCUCCUUUACCCAAACUUUAAAAAUUUUCAUAUUAUUUUGUAUGUCUUUUUAUUAGUAGUAUUUAUAGAUUUUUUUACAGGACUAGAAUGACAUUGCCUUCUGGCGCUGUCAGGCUUUUAUCUUAUGUCUUUAAAUUUGUAUUUUUUAAAUAGUUAAUACCUAUGAUAAACAUAAUACAAAAUAUUUUGAAUCAUAAACUAUUAUUUUUGAUAUACAAAGAUGUGUAAAGAAAAUGAAUAAUUAAACUUUUGGGUAUUAAUUCGUAUUUUCAAACAGUAAGUCUUAAGCGUGCAAUAAAUUUGAAUCAGCGGAUGAAAUUAAUCCAACCAGUUUGGUAACUUUCCAGGGAGUAGGUUGGGAUCAGAAGCUAUCGUACAGACAUGCAUUUAAUUUCCUCUCGAACCAACAGUAUUCGACGUAUUUAGAGCACCUAUCUACAGACAUAAUGUUAGUAACACUUGUUUUAAUAGUUGAUGUAUUCUCCAUGAUUAACAAUAGUUAUAGAAUGAUACUCAUUACUUUCUUAUGUAUAUAGAUGCUGAUUUUCGUUAAAUAAAAUUAAGCCGAAAAUCUAAACGAGUUAUACUUAAUAAUAUUUGAAAAUUUGAUAAUUUAAAUAAUACAGCAGUGAUUUUAUAAGCAUCAAUCUGUUCAGAUGAUGACUUCCUAGCACUAGUUUGGUUAUUUAAAAAAUGAUACUAAACUUUAUACAACUUUCGGGUUGGUGCACAAUAAAACAGAAGAUAUUGUGUCUCACUGAAGAUAUUGUACGUGACAGUCGGUCACGAGAUUAGGGUUUUAAGGGAUUUAUCCAGUUAGACCUAACAAUGGAUUUUAUUCACUAUCACUCAGAAUGAUAUUACUGUCUGCAUUUAUAAAUUUUGAUAUUUUUUUAUUAUAUUGACAUUUUUUUAUUUUUGUUUUUCGUGGUAACCAUAAUAAUGGUGGUAACAAUAUGUGCUUUUGUAACAAGUGUUACUCGGAUGGUUGCUCUAAACUUAGUACGCGCUCGUUUCAGCUAAUUUUCGAUGCGGUUUUCGUACAAGUGAAUUUAAUUUAGAAUUUUCUGCCAACGUACCUAUGAAGACCUGAUGGUUUAAUUCUUUGUUCUCUGCCAAAAAUAUAUCCCAUAUUAAGGACCUCUUCAAGUGACUUAUGUAACCAAAAAAUAUAUAUACUAAAACAAUAAAAGU